AUGUCUGAAGAUAUUACCCUUCCGUCAGCCGAGGAAGUUCAGCAGAAAUGGAAACGACCUGACAUCAUUAAUUUUUUACAAAAUAAUAAAGACAAGUUGGACCUUUACGACGACGACAUCAAUAUUAUCAAAAAAAAUGGAGUCUCCGUAGCUCCCUCCAUAUUAGUAGCGCCAAAAGAUAUUACCGUUGAAAUAAUAAAGAAAUUAAUUCAAAGUCCUGAUCAACUUCCUCAUAAAUAUGACUUGAAAAAUUUCCUUAACGAAAAUCCUCCAGUAAAAAUACCGCUUGCUCCUAUUCAUUUUUCCCAAUUUAACACCAGUCUGGGUGGCAUAACUGAAGAAGAACGGGAUACAUAUUUUAUACUAAGUACAGAAGCGGAAUGUACAUCACUUUAUUCAAGACUUAUAGCACCGUUAAUUUACCCUCCUUCAUAUGGAAAAACUGAAGACUCGUAUCAUUGUUUGUGGGAUUGUGUUAUUAAAAAUACGAUAGAAACAUUUGGAAUGCAUAGUGCUAGUUUACCAACAUUGGAAUUCGAUCGUAAUACGAGUCGCAAUCGCCCAGACAUGGUUGUAUUAGUGAGAAACGUUUGUCCUUUUAGAGGUGCAGAAAAGUCCCGGGAAGAAGCAGGAGAUCCUUCAAGUGAAUUAAUUGACAAAAUCAAAGAUUGGACUUAUGGAGAUGCACCGUACAUCCUUGCAUACUACGCUAUUGGUGUUCAAAUUACAUUUGUCGCUUUGUAUAAGCCUGAAAAUAAGAAGAGAAAACAGAAUAUUUGUUCUGAACGAAUUGCAGAAUUCGAUUUAGGGCGUUUGUCAGAUAGAGUUCGAAUUAUGAAUUUCCUUCGAAAUAUUUGUCGUAUAUUACCUAUUAUAGUGAAUUUAUGCCCUCAGAGGGAUUCGCCAGAAUUUCAAACAAUGGUUCGAACAAAUGGAACCGUUAUUGAGCUUGGGUAUGCAAUUAAGAAAAAAUUUGCGAACGAAGACCGAGUUACACAUUUAAAAGAAAUUUAUGGAAUAUUAAGCGCAAAUAAUGUUAGAUUUUCCGACAAAUUAGAACAUUCAUCUACACAUUCUGUUAAUUUGGCGCCAC